AUGGUCGCCCCAGGGCUUCGUCAUCUGCUGGCCACCGCCGACCAACACGCUGUGGCGCGGCUGGGAAAUCUUGUGAACCGGCGAUUUCAAACUGUGCGCCAGCACGCGCUCGAACAGCCCGUCCUGGGCAGAACAAGCCCGCGCAAGGCGGUGGACGAGGCCGCCGGUCUGCCGUGCCACAGCCACAUUCUCAAGGCACACAGCAAGGCCGGCUACAUUGCUGCGUCCGACAUUGUGCGCAUGUACCAGCUGAAACCGACGAAAUACGCCGCCAAGCCCGUUAUCAGAGACAUAAUCAAGGGCCGUUACGUGCAGACGCUGCAGCCGACGGGCGCUUACUACGUGUUUUUCGACUCGUUCGACGACGCGGCGGUGUUCUGGAGCGACGCACGGUCGGCGCUGUUUAACGGCUCGUACGUGUCGUUCACCUUUGUGAACUUUGAGGACGAGAUGGGCCAGAUGUUCUUCCCCGUGCUUGCUGACACAAGAAUCCGCAAGGAGCUGGUGAACUGGGACGCCCUCAAACAGAGCAUGGACCAUAAAAUGCAUGCGUUGCAGAAAAGCCCCCACCUAUCAAAUUUACUGACUCUCCUCAAACAACAGCCGUGGCUGGACCCACAGCAGGACCGCGGACUGCUCGAGUUUCUGCAAGAGCACCCCGUCGAGCGGUGCCAGUGUGUCGUCUUGCACAACAUCCCGAAAAACACCAGCCGUCGCCGGCUGCUGGACUCGUUCUGCGAGCUCAAUCUGUACCAGGCCCACGAACUCGGUCUGCGCCAGGUGUACACCGACAGAACAACGGGGCUGAGCACGUACGUUGCGAUAUUCGAGACCGACGCGGACGCGCGGCGGUGUGUGCUGAUGGCCGACGGCGAACACCUAUUCUACGAUGCGGAACUGCCGCUCGUGCGCGCAGAGCUGCUCGACGAGAGAAUUGGUAGCUAG